GGCUCAGCGGCGCGGCGUGACUCGUUUUUUGGGUGAGCCAUGACGUUUCAGGCAGCCCGGCGCGCGCGGCUUAAAGAGCUGCAGGUGUCGGAUGAGUGCAUCAAGUCCUCCUUCUGGCAAGGAUGCCCGCCAAAGGGGGGCACGACGGAGAAGGCGGAGCCGGUGCGGGUGCUAAUGUACAACGUUUUGGCCGACGCCAUGUCCUGUGAUGGCUUUUUGGUGAAGCCAGUCCUGGCGGAUUGGCCGGCGGCGCCCGGGCACGUGCCCACCUGCGACGGGGGGGCGGAGGCGCCCUUCGAGGAGCUCUUGAAGGAGAUGCUGGCGGCGAAGGCCGACGUCUCCAAGCUCGAGGAAUGCAAGAAGAAGUACAACCGCGAGGAGUCGGUCAAGAACUUGAACGCAGUGGUUGAUUGGCAGGCCCGAAAGCUGCAGAUGAUGUGCAUCAUCGAUUGCUUCAGCCCGGACGUCCUGGUUUUUGCAGAGCUGGACCACUACGAUCAGUUUCUGCCGCUCCUACGGGAGCUGGGCUACGAGUCUCAGCUGGAAAGCUGCAAGAAGGAUCAUCCUCAAUACCGACCUGCGCAUUUGGACAGCUUCUGCGACAAGGAUGAGGCUUUGCGGAAAGACUUUGAGAAGGAGUGGUCUGCCAGAGGCUUUGGCUUUUUUCCCCACCUGGCGUCUGCAAGCAUGCAUGUUCACAUGCAGAGGACAGGCUUGGGGCGCAAGAUCCUGGAGACUCUGGACCCCAAGCUUUGCGAGAAGCUGACGGAUAAGAAGAAGGGCGGCCUCGCAAGGACAUGGUACCAGAAAGUCCCGCGCGGAAUGUCUGAGCAGUUGCUAGAGAAGGCCGGCGCCAUGCCCACGUCGCUGGACGACAUGGGGGUGGCGAUUUUCUGGAAGAGCUCCCGUUUCGAAGCUCACGAGCUCAAAGUGCAGAGCUUCCCCCUGGGAGGCAAAGGCUUGCUACAGGUGACGCUGCAGGAUCAACAGAGCAAGCGCAAAUUCUCAGUGAUUGGCUGCCACCUGAGCUCCGGUGACUCAGCAAAGGAUGAGGAGGGCCGGCUGACCGAGGAGGUGCUCUGCCCAGGUGGACUCUUGGAAGCCGUGCAUGACGUCAAGGCUGCGGGCCAAGGCCUCAUCCUCUGCACGGACUCGAAUUCGCAUCCUCAGAUCACAGCUGCCGAAACAGAGGGCUCCUGCUGGAAGCAUUUGCGGAGAGGCGCUGGCGCUUCGGUCUGGGACGACUUCUUCGAUGAGUCGGGGAACCCGCUGACCAAGGACGCCUUAGAUCCUCCCGUGACCUCCAACAAGGUCCGCGGCCCCCUGAGCGAGCAAGCCGCAAAGAUCGGCACCCACGCGUACUACCUCAUCGACCACAUCUUCUUCUCCCCGGCAUCUUUCCGAAUGCUGCAGCACGCCUACGUGCCUCAGCGCUUUCCCACCUCCGAGGCCAACGUGGCAGCUUUGGAGGAGGUGCAGCCGAGCUUGCACAACCCCUCAGAUCACUACCCCGUCAUCGCGGACCUGGCCUGGGAGGCGGAAACCUUCUGAGGUGCGG